GUGUUGUUGGAGGCAAUAUUCAUGUGAUUUGACGGUUAAAUGUCAAUGUCUGACGUUGAAUACUUUCCCACAAAACCGUGUACCUAAAGUUAAACGUCACCAAAACAUAAAUAUAUCCUACCGAAUUUUCGUUCUUAAUUUUCAGUUUUGAGUGUCGAUUUUCAAUGUUUUAAAUAAACCAAAGAGUUUAGACUUUUUGUUUCAUCUGUCAAAAGUUGCAGAGUUCACCAUUUAUGCCAUUGUUUUGUUUUAUUUCGUGUACACACAAUCCAUGUGUGUCGUGCUUUAGUCAUCGCAAAAUCAUUUGAAUCAUCUGGAUUUUGAGUGGAUAUAAAUCGUUUUGGAUUAGCUCAUUUUGAGUCGAAUUUCAACGUAGGAAAAAAUGAAAGAUGUAGCGAAAAAUGUGAUUGAACGAAUAAAUCGAGACGUUGGCACAGACAUCAAAAAUUUAUACCAUUGCAAAGAUAUCAUCAGCGAAUAUGCGAAACGCGUUGGCGAAAUUGAAGCCGAGCUGUUGGUCGAAGGCAAUGGAAUACCGUCGACCAUUAAAUCGGCGUUGGCCCAAUGCCGCGAAUCGCACGAAAUCAUCCAAUUGGAAACCGCCAAAAUCGAUCAAUUCCAAGAGAAACUUUCGACAAAAUUGGACCGGUAUCAUGGGAUUUUAGAAGGGAUUACCAAGCAAUUAGAAAAAAUUCGAAGUUUACAGCAUUUGGUAGAGUAUUUUAGAAUUUUAAAGGACAUACAAGAAGUUAGUAAAAGUUUAUCCACGCAUAUUAAGGAUGACCAAAAAUCAAUCGGUUUGUAUUUAUCACUCUAUGGCGGCAACGAUUCAGCGAAUAGUAUUAUCGGUCGGCUGGAAAAUGUUGAAGCUCAAAACCUAAGAUCUUAUGCAGAACGUACAGCUAUUUAUUGGUAUGAAAUACUGAAAGAAAAACUCUCAAAAGACUUUGAAUCGGUGCUAAAUAUUAUCAAGUGGCCAUAUUUGGGUGCAGCAUCAACGGAACUAAUCAAUCCAACAAAGGACUCACUAAAUAAAUUGAUGUCUGCAGCUGAAUAUCUAUUUUUGUUACAAUCGCCGGAUGAAAGAAGCGAUUCAUUUAUAUCAAUAACACCUUCGAUUCUAUGCCAGCCACUAAGCACACCUGUUGGACUGCUUGUGAAACCAUUCCGACAGAGAUUUUUGUAUCAUUUUUCUGGUCCACGGCAAACUAAUCGACUGGAUAAGCCCGAAUGGUUCUAUACACAGAUUUUGAUUUGGGCGAGAGAUAAUCAUAUAUUUGUUGGGACACACAUCCAGCCAGCAUUGAAUCUUGCUGGUCAUUCGGACAUCAAUAUUCGGCUGGAGUUUGUUCGUGGUCUUGUGCAAUUGGCCGUCGAGAAAAUGUGCAGUGACAUUGAUGAAAUCGUUGAGAAUGAUGGUCUAUUUUCACACUUAAUCGAUGAAACAUUGGCAUUUGAACAAGAAGUGCGUGAUACACUUGGAUAUCCGAGCAGCUAUUGCAGUGCAAUAACAGUGAUAACACAAGCAAAGUACCUAACCAAAUGGCUGGCUAUUGAAGAGCAAUUCACAUCCGACAAAAUGGAUGCAAUUCUAUCGCAAUCAUCAGCCUGGUCGUUUAUUGAUCCGAGCAAUUUGGAGGAAUUAAAAAUUCCACGAUGUGCCGAUCAAUUUAUCCGUUUAUUGGAUGCAAUUUGUGAACGCUACUGUAAUUUACCUCAGCCCGGUCAUCAGUUACAAUUUUUGAAUUUGCAGCUCGAACUGAUUGAAAGCUUUCGACGUCGACUGGUUCAAUUGCACAGCAAUCCAGAUAAUGGAGUCACUACAACCAUGGUUUUGAAUGCUAUCAAUUACACAAAUUCAGUGCUCCGCGAAUGGGGCGAGAAUGUGCAUUAUCUUCAUUUGUAUGCUGCCUUGUUUGGUCCGCACACUGACGAAAUUAAUUCGGUGUUUGAUAAAGUGGUCGAUGACCUGGAGCAAUGGCAACGAAGUUUGGUGAAAGAGCUCACAUCGAAGCUGGUUGACGAGAUAAAGGCAAAGUCAAUGGCCUAUCGUCAUGACAACUGGAUUUCGAUGUCUGAUCACAAUGCAUUGGAGCCGUUCAUGUUGUCAUCAACAGCUGGCGAAAUGUUCCAGCUAAUGGUGACAAGUUUGCAUAACCUCGAAACUGAACUUUCGAUCAAUAUCUUCAAUAUAGCAUUGAGAUUAAUCGCUCAUCAAUUGGACGACUUUUUCAUCGACAGCAUGAUAAUGAAUACGAAAUUUUCAACCGGCGGUGCAUCCCAAUUCGACUUCGAUAUGAAUCGCAAUCUAUUUGCAUUAUUUGGACAAUAUGCCAGGCGACCAGAUUUGCUAUUCAAAAAGAUACAUGAUGCCUGUAAAUUAUUAGUCUUACCUUUGGGAAAUGCGCUACUGCUCACGGAAACACUGAAAAACGAUAUCAAAAGCAAAACGGAUUCGAAAGAGGCACUAGCGGAAAUUGGCGUGGUUAAUAUUAGCAAUUUAAUGUCACUGGACAUACUCGAGCGACGAAACGAUAUAUGCUCAUAUUGAUGACGUUCUUUAAAAUAGUACUCACACUGACGCUGCUGCUGCUAUCAUUCCAUUUGUUUUGAUUAUGCCUUCACUUGGACUGUCAAUAUGUCUUAACCGUUUCUCUCUUCCCUCUCUCUCUCUUGUUCAUUUUAUUUUUUGUACAGAAACCGAUCGCAUGCAAAAAGUGUUGAAUAAAUUAUUUUCCAAUUAA